CUCUGAAUGGACCCCUGGCCUGCGAACCUCCAUAUGCCAUGGGUGUGGCCCUAGAAAGAAAAAAAUAAAUAAAAAUAAGGUGAGUAUCUUAUAGUUGAGAAACCAAAAUGUAUUCACGGUGAGGAUGGAUUCCUAAGGGCCAGAGCUGAGAAAUACAAUUAGAUGCUUCUACUGGUAUCUUUUUGUUCAACUGGAUGUUCACUUAUUGUGAACCAUUUGAGGUACAAUUACAAGUGAAACAAUGAGGAAUGUCAAAGGUAUGUUUUACUAGGACCUUUCUAUUUGCAACUGACAGACAAGAUUUUUAUGUUUUAUUCUGUAUAGUAUUUUUUCACACCAUAUGUUCACUCCAGGAAAGAAAUAAAGUACUAGUUUCAAACUUUAUCUUUGAUGUUUCAUUAAAAUAUUUCACUAAUUUCUGAGAUUACCUAUGGAGCAAAUGAACGUGUAUCACAUUGAAAUGUGGCCAGGACUCCCUUCAUCUAUCAUUAAAUUGGUGGAGUCUCUGGUGCAGUGGUUUGAUUGGCAUGUGGAAACAACUUCCUAGAUGUCUUCGAAACACUCAUUUUGUCUUUCUUUAUAUAUGAAGUGUCUAUUUAUAUAUCUGUCUAUUCCAUUUAUCUCAAUUACCAACAGUAAAUAUUCAGCUUUUAAAAUUCCCUCUCUUUCAGCGGUAGUACCUGCCAACUAUCUGUCUCCUAAGACCAGGCUAAUGUUUCCCUCAUCUCUCCUUCUUUUUAAUAUAUUACAACUUUGGCAUUGUACUGGAGAACUCUACUUAGUGGGAGCUGAUUCUGCUCACAUCACAAGGAGAAAAGUGAAUUUCAUUUCCUUGAUGUAGGGAAUGUACGCUUCAGGGAUAUUUGUUGAGGACAGUAAAAGACAGUGAAAUCUCUAGACACCAAGCCAAUUUGGUCCUAUGGGGAUCCUGUUUAAUUCUUCAAUGGGAAGAACUUGUUCUAGCUUCUCUGUAGUAUAUUUGGUGAAGUUGAAGGCAUCACUUCAUGAAAGACCAAUUUUUCAAGUUUUAGAAGGAGAAACAUGUGACUUGUCAAAUUGUUGUUCGUAGUCCCAAUUUGAUCCUAUUGUAUUUGACAUUGUUCCUCAGAUCGAGUUUCUGUGACUUUUACAUGAAGAUUGGGCAUGAAGCCAGUGAUGAGAAACCAUUCAAUGAUAACAACGUUCAUCAUACUGGGUUUGACAGAUGACCCACAACUGGAGAUUCUGAUUUUUGUCUUUUUGUUGAUCACAUAUGUGUUCAGUGUGAUUGGGAAUCUGACCAUAAUUUCUCUAGUCUUGGUGGAUUCUCAUUUAAAAACAGCUAUGUAUUUUUUCCUUCAAAAUUUCUCUUUCUUAGAAAUCUCAUUCACAACUGCCUGUGUGCCCACCUAUCUGCACAUCAUAUCCAGUGGGGACAAAACCAUCACCAUCAAUGCCUGCUUCAGCCAAAUCUUUUUUUUUGUCCUCUUUGGAGCUACAGAAUUUUUCCUCUUGGCAGUGAUGUCCUAUGACCGCUACGUGGCCAUCUGCAAACCCCUGCAUUACAUGAGCAUCAUGAACAGCAGAGUGUGCAGGAAUCUCAUCCUCUGUUGUUGGGUAUCUGGCUUAUUGAUUAUCCUUCCACCCCUUGGCCUGAGCCUCCAUUUAGAAUUCUGUGACUCAGUUAUUGACCAUUUUGUUUGUGAUGCUUCUCCAAUCCUGAAGAAUUCCUGUUCAGAUACAUGGUUCAUAGAGCAGCUGGUUAUAGCCUGUGCUGUGUUGACCUUCUUGGUGACCCUUGUGUGUGUCAUUCUGUCCUACAUAUACAUCAUCAGGACGGUCCUAAGAUUCCCAUCUGCCCAGCAAAGGAAAAAAGCCUUUUCCACCUGUUCUUCCCACAUGAUUGUGGUUUCCAUGACCUAUGGCAGCUGCAUCUUUAUGUAUAUCAAACCUUCAGCCAAAGAUGAAAUGGCCAUUAAUAAGGGAGCGUCUCUGCUCCCUAUAUCUGUUGCCCCUUUGUUGAACCCCUUUAUUUAUACUCUGAGAAAUAAACAAGUAAAGAAGUCUUUCCAUAACACUCUCAAAAGAUUUGUGUUUCAUUCAAAGAAGUAGCAGAACAGCAUACUGGAAACUCAAAUAAAAUAAAAUAUUCAUUAUUGGAAUAUAGAUGGAAAUUAGAGCCAUAGUAGUGAUGUAUUUGAAAAAAUAUUAAAGAAAUUUGAGAAUGUUUAAGAAAGAAUGCUGAGGGAACCCAUCCUUAUGUCGAUGAGAUUUUUCUGACUGUGGAUUAAAGAUUGUUUCAAAAUUUCAAUGCCUUUUUCCCCCACCAUGAGAUGUCCUUUACUUCCUCUCCUUUUAAACUUGUUUGGUCUAUGAAUUCAUUUUGAUCAUGAGAAUGUGGCAGGAAUGAAGUUGUUUGACUUAAGAGGUAAAAUUUUCAAUGUCCACCUUCUUUUUUUUUGGAACACAUGCUGGUGAGGGCAGAAUCCAGGUGCCAAGUGAAAAAUCUGAAUACCCCGAUAUUGCCAAGCAGUGAGAAAGCCUAUGCUAGACCCAUGGAGAGAACAUAGCGAGAUGCCUGGUCAAUCCCAUCUCUUGCAGCCAUCUGAGCUGUGGUGUCAGACAUCAUCUUGGACAAACAGCCCACUGCAGGCUUCUUAUCAUUCCCACUCCAGUUACCAUUUGAUUACAACUCCAUGGCAGACUCAAGAUAGAACCACCCUCUUGAUCUCAGUCAACCUCUGGAACCAUGAGCAAUAACAAGUUGAUGUUUUAAGACACAACCAUUAGGAGUGACCUAAACACAGCAAUUGGUAACUGAAACAUCAGGGCAGAGAAAGGGCUACUUGGGAUAUGAGGAACUAGCAGAAAUUUUGUUAUUUUCCUAAGGCUAGAGAAAUCAUAUUGGACAUUUGAGGGGCCUGAACACAUGUAAUUUCUUUCUUUUUAUGGCUGCACCUGCCCCAUAUGGAAGUCCCUGGGCCAAGGAUUGAAU